GCAGCUUCGUUUUUUAUUUUUUUUCGAGCGAAAAUUUUACAAGUUUUCGACAUUGAUAAAAAUUUAGCGAAUUAUGAAAGUGUGAUUACUGUUUUUUGGGUUAAUUUGGAGUAAUUAUACGAUAUAAUAUAAUGUCAAUGAUCGAAAGAUCUGUUCGGAUUAAACUUCUGCAUAAAUUCAACGUAUUACGUAUCCAGAGAUACUUUCUACAUGAAAAUGCUCAGAGUCAGAAGAACGAAUACGGUGUUAUUGUGGUCGGAGGAGGUCACGCCGGAACUGAAGCAUCGACAGCUUCGGCUCGAAUGGGAUUAUCGACUUUGCUCAUAACUCAUAAAAAGGAAACAAUCGGUGAAAUGUCGUGUAAUCCGUCAUUCGGAGGGAUUGGCAAAGGACACUUGAUGCGAGAAGUAGACGCUUUAGAUGGAAUUUGUGGACGAAUUUGCGAUAUAUCAGGAGUUCAGUAUAAGGCGUUGAACCGUAGAAAAGGACCGGCAGUUUGGGGUCUUCGAGCUCAAAUAGACCGUCAACUUUAUAAACAGAAUUUACAAAAAGAAAUUUUCAACGUAAAGAAUCUAAAUAUAGUUACCGGAUCGGUGGAGAAUCUGAUACUGGAAGAAAACACCGAGGGCGAUGCACCCAAAUGCAUCGGUGUAAUAUUAGCUAAUGGAGAGAAGUAUUACGCCAAUAGUGUCGUUUUGACUACGGGGACGUUUUUAAGAGCUAAUAUUAAUCUUGGAUUGGAGGCCAGACCUGCUGGUCGGAUUGGAGAUGAACCAAGUAUCGGGUUAGCGGAUACUUUACAAAGACUGAAGUUUAAAAUAGGUCGAUUACGAACCGGAACUCCGCCGAGAUUGGAUAAAAAAACGAUAGAUUAUACCGGAUUGAGGUUCAUUACAGGCGAUAAUCCUCCGAUACCUUUCUCGUUUAUGAACGAAAAAGUUUGGAUUAAGCCUGAAGAUCAGUUACCAUGUUACCUAACUCAUACGAAUCCAACGGUGGAAAAAAUAUGCUUAGAUAGCUUGAAAGUCAACAGACAUGUCAGAGAGGAAGUUCGUGGGCCUAGAUAUUGCCCUUCCAUCGAAUCCAAAUCGAUAAAGUUCGGUGGAAGAGCUCAUCAAGUAUGGCUCGAACCCGAAGGUUUAAAUACCGACGUCAUCUAUCCUGGCGGAUUAUCAUGCACGAUGCCGGCAGAAAUGCAGGAACAAAUGAUUCAUUCGAUCAAAGGACUCGAGAAAUGUACAGUUUUACGUCCAGGUUACGGUGUAGAAUACGAAUUCGUCGACCCUAGAGAACUGAUGCCAACCUUGCAAACGAAGAAAAUCAGUGGUUUGUUUUUCGCUGGCCAAAUAAACGGUACGACUGGUUACGAAGAAGCGGCUGCUCAAGGUAUUUUGGCCGGAAUAAACGCUGCUGCUAAAGUACUCGAUAAAGAUGAAUUUAUCAUCAGUCGAACAGAAGGUUAUAUCGGUGUAUUGGUUGACGAUUUGACUACUCAAGGCACAGAUGAACCUUAUAGAAUGUUUACCGCUAGAUCAGAAUUCAGAUUAUACCUAAGACCUGAUAAUGCUGACAUUAGACUUACCAAAAAAGGUUAUGAAAUCGGAUGUGUUUCAAAGGAAAGAUAUGAAAAAUUGUUGAAAACCGAAGAAGAAUUAUCUAAAGGAUUAGAUAUCUUGCAACGUACGGAAAUGUCGCGAUAUAAAUGGAAAAAGGCGCUUGGAUUCGCUAACUACGCCGACAGCAACGGACUUGCGAGCGGUGUUGGAAUUAUUUCGUUGGCUGACGGUAUCACUGUUUCUAAAUUGAUAGAAACGUUCCCCAACGAAUUAGAGGGUAUUUCGCAAGAUGAACAAAUACGUGACAGACUUACUAUAGAAAGCACGUAUCGUUAUUUGACGGAGAGACAGUUCGAAGAAUUUGAACAAAUUAAAAAAGAAGAAUCUCUGAAAAUUCCUCCUAAAAUUGAUUACGGAUCGAAACAUUUAUCGCUGAAGUUUGAAGAAAUUGAAAAACUCACCUUGGCUAAACCUACAACUAUUGCUGCAGCUAGUCGGAUUCCUGGUAUAACGCCGUCAUCUAUUUUGCGACUGAUGUAUUAUAUCAAGCAAAAUGAGAAUUUGUGCGUUUGAUCGUUGGCGAUCGCAUCUGCUUUGGCUGUGUUAUUUCAUAAGGAUGAAUUUUAUCAAAUUGCUGCUAAGGAUACCUGAAUGAAGCUCCAAAACCAUCUCAACUUCAUUGCUGGCUGGAAAGGACACUUCACAUAUUAGGAAACACAAUACAAUCUGCAACUUGGCCACAUGGAAGAAACAUUUUGAUCUAAGAACGAAUUUCGCGAUUUUAAAAUCAUUUGAUUUAUAUGUAUUAUAUUUAUCUGCGGAAAUAUGAACUACUUUUCGUCAAGUUUUGUAAAUCUAGAAUGACAGAUGUAGUUCUAUGUUUCUCUAGGUUUGUUAUAUUCGUCUUGAUAUUAUAAAGAGAACCGUUUUUUUUUCAUCUUCUACUUUGGUAUGAUCACGUACAAGAUGAGCCAAUUAUCAUCUGUAUUUUUUUUCUCUCUCUUUCUAAGAUAUAGUCUAAUAGUAUAAUACCUAUAAUAAAGAAAAAGAGUCGAAUUGAAUAGUAUUUUAUUAUGGAAUUUUUAGACGUAAUAAUUAAAUGAUAGGUUGGCCAUUUCAUUGUUGAAAGUAUUGUUAUUAUCAACCUACAUAUUUAUUUCUUUUAUUGUAUGUACCUACCUUUUUUUUACCAACUAAGUACGUUUCACGAGAUGAAAAAAUUAUGUAUGUGAAGUGAUCUUGUUAUUUAAUUACCUAUAUAUAUCAAAUUAUUGAAA